ACGCCAUGUCACCCGCCCCCCACCCCCGCCAACUCUUCUGACCAUCUGCCUCUACAGUCUCAAGCCUCCAACGCCGAGCUCGAUCUCUACAAGAUAUUCACCAACGAAGGCCCCCGGCCCCCUGCAAGCGAGAGCAAUGAGAAAAAGGUCAAGAUGCUCCUCACGCGCCUGCAUGGUGCUGGCAUAUCCAAAAUGACAGAGGAGCAUGCCGAGCACGCACUGGCAUGGCACCCGGACGACCUCGACAAGGCCUACGAUCUCAUGGUCCUCGCCAACGAAUCGCUCGAAGGCGAACUCAAGGACUACAACCCCAACGUCACCAUGCUGGGCGCCAUCAACCGGAACAUGGUGACGUGCUAUCUGGAUGCCCUGCUGUUCGCCAUGUUUGCCCGCCUGGACAGCUUUGAAGCCAUGCUGUACGACAACUUUGAGGACGAGCCCAGGAAGAAGCUGGCCGCCGUCUUGCGACUCUGGGUCAAUCUGCUGCGGACUGGCCAGCUUAUCAAAGUGGACCUGACCAAGCACCUGCAAGAUUCGCUCGCAAAGUGCGGCUGGGAAGACGCCGCCCAGGUGCGACAGCAAGAUGCAUCCGAAGCCUUUACCUUUAUCACAGGCGCCCUUGAAUUGCCCCUCCUUACCCUGAAGAUGGACAUUUACCACACUGGACGCGAGGACAAGGAGGACGAUCACAAGUUUGUCAAUGAACGACUGCUCGAAGUGGCCAUUCCAGAAGAAGAGACUGACCGUAUUGUCACGCUCGAGGAUUGCCUCGAGACGUACUUCAACAACAGAAUCGAGGUCAAGCGCUACCUGCAACGCAAAAACACAAUGGCUUCCAUGCGGUCCAAGAGCGACGAGUUUGUCGACAGGGACCCUGAAAAGGCCGAAAUGAUACACAUCGAGACGGCAGAGAUGGACGAGCCCAUGACUCCGCUCGUCUCGUCCCCGGUAUCCAUGGAGCCUGCCUCGCCCUUGUCGCCAAGCCGACCCAACCUAGACACGUGCCGCCGUGCUGAUAGUAUCUUUGGUCGGCGAUACACGCGCCAGCUAUCCGAAGCUCGAAAGUUCGACGAGAAGAAGCAUGUCGAGGAUAUGCUAGACAGUAGUUCUAGUGGUCGGCCCCGCUCCGCUUCUCUGCUUAAGAAGGAGAUUCUCAUGCCGGCCUGGCAAUUCUUCAGUCUGAUCCCCUGGUACACCGACAACGUUCCAAGGUCCGAUGCCCAGGUAGCGGCACAUUUUUCUGCAAAACGCCCGGUUCUCGGCAUAUGCCUCAAGCGGUAUUCCAUGACAGCCAACGGGACACCAAAGCGUCUCGAUACCUAUGUUGACAUUCCGCUUGACAUUGGCUUGCCUCACUUUAUUUCCGACGAAGGCAUGAAGGAAGAGGGCCCAUUGUUUGGCAACUUCAAGCUAGUGCUGCAAUCGGUAGUCUGCCAUCGAGGCGCGUCCGUGGACUCUGGACACUACAUUGCGCUUGUUCGCGCCAACACGCAUGAGCGACCUGGCACGUCACAUUCCGAGUCGGAAGGCGAAGAAGACAAGUGGCUACGAUUUGAUGAUCUUUCGGCGCAGCGUGUCACCGAGGUCAGCAUCGAGCAGGCUUUGCGAGAAGAGUCGCCAUAUCUCCUGUUCUAUCAGGUACAACCCAUUGACGAAGAGUUGGCUUCCAGAGGCGAUCCCCCGACGUAUGCAGAAGCCCAAUCCGGAAUCCCGUCCGUUGAUCCAUCGCGCGAAACGUUGACGUCUAUUUCCUCGACGGCCGCAACCGAUGCCGAGACUGUUGGUGACUGGGAAAAGAUUAGCGCGCCUGAUGCGCAUACCGAAUUCAAUCGCACAGACGAGCCAGCCAGUCGAAACAGCACGUCGAGCAAUCGCCGGAGCAGUAUUGCCUUUGAAGACGCUGAUUUCCGUGGUCGAACCCAGCCGACAACACCGGCUGAGGAGAAGGGUGGCUUUUUGUCGGUUUCCAGACGCGGCUCACGCAUCUGGAUGUCCGGCACUGGCAAGAGCCGGCCAGGCAGCCCAAGUGCCGAAAACCGCCUAUCCAUCACACUGUCGCGACUGGCGGGUCGCUCUAGCAACAGCAAGUUGAUGACUACGGAGACUACUGCUGGCGAUGAACCGACUAUUGUCAUUGACAAGGCGAGCAACAGUGCAGAGAAUGGCCCAAAGACACCGUCUCCAGUCAAGGAGAAGAAGGACUCUGGACUCUCGUACACCAAGACCAAAAAGGAAAAGAAGGACAGGCUGCGGAGUAAGAGCAGAGAGCCCGGUGCCGUCUUGGACAAGGGCAAGGCAAAGGGGAAGAACCGACCGGACCGCGAGUGCGCUGUAAUGUAAUUCCCUCUAGGGCAUGUACGAGUACAAGAAUCAUUAGUGGGGCAUUGUUGUCAUUGCGCCGCUUCUCAUCAGCAUCGACGCAUGGUGUCUGGGAGGUGGACGCCGGAGUUUCUCAUUUUU